AAUCAACCCAAAAAUUUUGUAUAAAAAAAGAACAGUCAAGAAAUACGUCUCAGCAUUGCAUUUUUUUUGUUGAUGUUCGACGACAAAAUCAGAUCAAAACGAAAAUGAUCAACAUUAAUUUGAUUAUAGCGGUGGUGGUGGUGGUUGGUUUGCUCAAUAUUCUUCAAGUAUCAUCAUCAACAAAAUCACCACAAUGUAUUGAUGAUUCUGGCCAACCAGUUGAUUGGUAUAUUAUCUAUAAAUUUCCAUAUUUAAAACAUUUAAAUGAACCGGAUUUAUUUGGUGGUUAUCAUUAUGCAUAUCAAACAUCGAAAACAAUCCAACAAUCAACGAAAAAUGAUGAUGGAUGGCAUUUUUCAUCCAAACAAAUUACUGAAUCCGAAUCAAUAUUUGGUCAAACAUUUAAGCCAUUUUUUUCAUCCGAAAAUCGACCAAAAUUAACAUCAAUGUUUUAUAAUGAUCAACCACCAAAUGGUACAGAUAUUUCAUCCAGUUAUGCACAUUCGAAAGGUAUGAUAUUGACGGAUUCAAAACAAGGAUUUUGGCUAAUUCAUACGAUACCAAAAUUUAUGCAAAUUGAUGAAAAGUAUUCAUAUCCAGCAACAGGUGGACGUUAUGGACAAGUUGCAUUAUGCAUAUCAUUAUCCACCGCGGAAUUGACGAAAAUUGUUGAAGAAAAUUUUCUUCUAUCCAGACCAUAUGUUUAUCAUAUGCAUAUUGAUUCGAUAACCGAGCAGACUGAUCUGGGAAAAGCUCUAAUCAAAUUAGAACAUCAUAAAUGGUCGAAUGGAUCGAAAAAUUUUACCGAAUUAACAUUCAAAUCAUUAAAUGGACAAUUGUUUCAAAGUUUUUAUAAAAGUCCAUCAUAUCAUGUUGAUCUUUAUUCAGAUAUUGUGGCCAAAUCACUAAAAAAAUCAUUACGUGUUGAAACAUGGCGUCAUAAUCCGGGAAAUCCAUUACAUUCAGAAUGUCAACAUAAACAAGCUGAAGUGGAAAAUAUCAAAGAAAUUCAAUUGAAAUUUAUCGAUUCCAAGCUGGAAGGAAAUUUCAGUUAUUAUGAUGAUCAUAGUAAAUGGGCAAUUACACGUUCGAAACCACAUCAUCAACAAAAAGAUCAACAAUCAGACGAAGAUGAAGAAGAUCCAUUCAUAUCAUGUAUUGGUGAUAUUAAUCGUGUUGAAUCACAAUUUCAUCGUGGUGGUGGUACAACAUGUUUAUCCAAUUCGAAUGUUUGGUCAAAUUUUAAUUCAUUCAUACAGUCAAUUGAGAGAUGUCCCGAUGAUCCUGGAACAACCUCGAAGCCAACAACAUCGACAAAACACUCAUCAAUUUGGCAAUCAAUUUGGGAAAAAAUUCGUAAUCUUUUUCAUUGAAAUUUUUGUAUUACAAAACAAAACUUUUUAUUUUUGGAUUUAUAAACGAUAAUAGAAUUUUGAAAUUAGAAAUUCUAUUUUAACCAAAAAAA